AUGAACAACCAAGAGGAGGCUCGAACGCCGGCAGGCGCACUGCUCGUCGAAAACAUCGAUCCAGAACUGCGCAUCUUCAACGCUCCGCAGGCCAAUUCCUCUACGCGGGUCGAUCUCGCAGCACAGGCGGACCGCAUUGCUCGCGCAGCCUCGUACGCCGCGAUGCGGCGGUCUGCCCCUAUGCCACUCCCGCAAGCACCUUCUGCUCCGUCCCUGCAAGUUCGCGCAUCUGAUACCUCAACCAAGGUCGAUUCAAGCUCCGGAAAUUCAGGACCUGCCGAUAUUCCUAGCAUUCCUCCGGACAUGGCAUCGACCUUUGAGGGCCGCAGUGACAUCCUUAGCCACAAGCGUGACUAUCAAACGAUGUCGGGGCAGGAGACGGGCAAGACAAAUAAGACCCAAAAGGAGACUGUCGCCGCUCGACGAAAGCGUAUUGAAGAGAUCGAGAAGGCCAAGAGCUCGUCUAAUAGGGCCCCAGCCAGCCAACAAGCGAACGACAACCCAGGAAACCCCCAAGCUCCGCGCACCGACACCGAUAACAGCGACGCUCUGGAUAUCUUCCGCAGCUUGAAUUCAUCGGUUCUUCAUGAGACUACUCCGCACUUUUUGACAUCAGCACCAGCGCAGCCGAUCCCUCUCACAAUGAGGGAAGACGUGAUCAAUAACGCAGUCCCAGUCUUCCAACCCAACCCUCCCAUGCCUCGAGAUAUGCUACCAACACAAGAGGAUGGAAGCUCAUACCCAAGCCCAUUCUCUGGGGUUAGCGACAACCGCAACUCGUACCAGCAACCCGACUUCACAAAGACAUGGCAAGGUCCACAUCCGCAUACGAGUCAGUCGCGAAACUACCAAGGCCCUUCCCAACAUUCCUACAACCUGUCGUCAAGCUCAUCGCCUGGAUACAACGGGUACUCAUCUUAUCCAAUGGCACCGAAAAGCCAGACCUGGUCUCCAUACAUGCAGGACUCGUGGAUGAGCCCAGCGCAGUCGCCACGCCCAAUAAUGACUGACCCUGACACUCUGGCCAUGUCUGGCGGCAGAACUGGUUAUGGGGCCGCUGAGAUAACAGACUACGCUCCAACGCAAGAUCCACCGCAGUGCCCUGACGGCUACAGCGUCUACGGUCAAGCAGAUGGCGACGGUGGCAGCGAAACAUGGGGCAGACCUCUCGGCGAAUCUUUCCCUGAAGAACAACAACCACAGCUCCCAAGUCAGCUUAAGGAAAGCAGUGCUACGACCAUGAAGUCAGCAGGUCAAGGCGGCAGGCAAGUCGACGGCCAGCUAGCUCAGGUGGGUAGCCUACGUCCAGACUCUAGCGCAGACGAUGCCUUCAUGAGAAUGCUACAGGAAGCAUUGGACGGCGAGUAA